CCGAGGAAAAGUAAAGCUGCGGCUCAGCCGCAUGUUAAAUCGAGAAAAUAAGACCGGGCUUUUUCUUCAUUGUGGAUUUAUCCCUUCCGUCAGAAAACAAAACGAAGCAAAAGAAACAGAAAAAGAAACAAAACUUGGAUUAAUCGAAAAGGAGUGGUUUUAAAUCGAAAGCUCGGGACUGAAAUGAUCCAGGGCGGGUUGGGGCGAUAAAAAAGGGGUACAUUUGCCCUUCUUACUAUGAUUGUAGUAUUCGUUUACACUGUGACGAGCCUGGGGAUUUGAGUGAGGAUGGCCGCCCUCGGGAGGAAGCAGCAGGUGCUUUGGGUCCUGCUGCUGAGCGCUCUCCAGCGCUGCAACGCUCAGAUGCAAGAAGUGGCUGUUUGCUCCGGGACCCAGAAUGGUUUGAGCACGACAGGAAAUUCAGAUGUCCAGUACAACCUGAUGAAGAAGAUGUACUCCGGAUGUGACAUUGUAAUGGGCAACCUUGAGAUUACCAUGAUGGAUCACACCAGGGACUUCAGCUUCCUGCAGUCUAUUAAGGAGGUGAUGGGCUACAUCCUACUCGCUGUCAACGAGUGCAGUCGCCUUCCCCUGGACAACCUGCGUGUCAUCAGAGGCACUACUCUGUAUGAGAACCGCUAUGCUUUGGCUGUAAUGGUCAACUACCAGAAGGAUGGGCAGCAUGGCCUUCAAGAGUUGGGUCUGACGCACCUUACAGAGAUACUGGAAGGUGGGGUCAAGAUCAUCCAGAACAAGUACCUGAGUUAUGCCCCGCAGGUGAACUGGCUGGACAUAGUGAAGGAUGCAACAGCCGACAUUAUGAUUGAAGACAAUGGGCCUGCAAAGCCUUGUAAUGAAGCAUGUGGAGGCGUGCAGUGUUGGGGACCAGGAAAUGACACAUGUCAGAUCUUGACAAAGACUGUGUGCGCUCCCCAGUGCAACGGCCGAUGCUUCGGUAGAAACCCGAAUGAGUGUUGCCACAGUGAGUGUGCUGGAGGCUGCAGAGGACCUCUGGAUACAGAUUGCUUUGCUUGCAAGAGAUUCAACAAUUCAGGCUCCUGUGUGCCUCAGUGUCCCCAGACUCUGAUCUACAACAAGCAGACAUUCAAAAUGGAGCCCAAUCCCAAUGCCAAGUACCAAUAUGGGUCUAUUUGCGUGUCACAGUGUCCCACAAACUUUGUGGUGGAUGAAAGCUCAUGUGUGAGCAACUGCCCGUCGGAUAAAAUGGAGGUGGAGAAAAACGGAGUGAAACGCUGUGAGCCCUGUGGAGGCCUCUGCCCGAAAGCUUGUCAUGGCACGGGAAGCUCUACCAGACAAACUGUGGAUGCCCGUAACAUCGACAGUUUCAUAAACUGUACUAAAAUCCAAGGCAGUCUGCACUUCCUGGUGACAGGAAUAAAAGGUGAUGGUUACAAUGGUAUUCCAGCUCUUGAUCCAGAAAAGCUUAAAAUCUUCAACACUGUGCGGGAGAUUACAGAUAUCCUCAGUAUCCAGUCUUGGCCUGAAAGCCUGUCGGACCUGUCAGUCUUCUCCAACCUCCAAACAAUUCAGGGCAGAACACUUUACAAGGGCGUCAGCUCUAAAAGGGGUUAUGCUCUCAUGGUGGUGAGGAUCAAAUCACUCACAUCCCUUGGGCUGCACUCGCUGCGGAAAAUAAACGAUGGUGGCAUCUACAUCACAGGAAACAAAAAGCUCUGCUAUCAUGACACUGUGAACUGGACACGUAUACUGAGCAGUAGCUCACGUCCGCAGAAACGUCAGAAGUUCCUUGACAUAAAGGACAAUCGGCCGUCAGACGAAUGCUCUGAAGAGGGCCAUAAGUGUGAUCCUUUGUGCUCGGAUGGCUGCUGGGGUCCAGGGCCAGACCAGUGUGUUUCCUGUAAGAAUUACAGUCGAGGAGGAACAUGCGUGCCAGACUGCAUGUUUCUGACCGGGGAGAAGAGGGAGUUUGCUACUCAAACACGGGAGUGUUUGCCCUGUCACCCUGAGUGUAAGGUCCAGGAGGGGAAGUGGACUUGCAUGGGCCCGGGAGCAGAUGAGUGUGUAGCAUGUGCCAAUGUGCAGGACGGUCCACACUGCGUCUCCUCAUGCCCUGAAGGUGUGAUGGGUGGAGAAGGAGUCAUCUAUAAAUACUCUAACAAGCUCAGCAACUGUGAACCAUGCCACAUCAAUUGUACCCAAGGCUGCACCGGCCCAGGAAUGGGAGACUGUGUGGGACUCAAUUCUCGGUCCAUUUCUGGGCCAGCAACCACAGGCAUCGUACUCGGGGUGAUUGCCCUGCUCUUUGUGUCAUUCUCCAUCUUUGUUCUGACAAUUCUGUACCGCCGAGGUCUCGCCAUCCGUCGCAAGAGAGCUAUAAGAAGAUACAUGAUGAGUGGAGAUAACAAUGAGCCUUUGGAAGAGAAAGAAAAAGUCCACGCCCGAAUCUUGAAGCCCACAGAUCUGCGUAAGAUCAAGCUGCUGGGUAAUGGAGUGUUUGGAUCAGUGCAUAAGGGAAUCUGGAUUCCCGAGGGAGACACUGUGAAGCUGCCUGUGGCCAUAAAGACAAUUCAUGAUCGUACCGGUCGACAGUCUUUCUCUAAGCUGACAGAUCACAUGAUAACAAUGGGAAGCCUGAACAACAGUUGCGUGGUCAGGACCCUGGGGAUCUGUCCUGGGGACAGCCUGCAGCUCAUCACCCCACUCAGCAACCAAGGCUCCUUGUUAGAGCUCGUCAGGAACAACAAGAACAAGCUUAAGCCACAGAGGCUUCUCAACUGGUGUGUUCAAAUCGCAAAGGGUAUGAAUUAUUUGGAGGAGAACAGGGUAGUCCACAGAAACCUGGCAGCCAGAAACGUGCUCCUGAACAAUAAUUUAACUGCCCAGAUUUCAGACUACGGCAUCGCAGACCUACUCUGUCCAGAUGACAAGAAGUGCUUUUACAAUGAGGCCAAGACACCAGUCAAGUGGAUGGCAUUGGAGAGCAUCCUUUUUCGCAGAUACACCCAUCAGAGUGAUGUCUGGAGUUACGGUGUAACGGUGUGGGAGAUGAUGUCUUAUGGAGCAGAGCCAUACACAUCAAUGUCUCCACAGGAUGUUCCUGAUCUGCUGGAAAAGGGCGAACGCCUGUCGCAGCCUCAAAUAUGCACCAUUGAUGUCUACAUGGUCAUGGUUAAGUGUUGGAUGAUUGAUGAAAAUGUCCGGCCCACAUUUAAGGAGUUGGCCUAUGAAUUUACCAGAAUGGCCAAAGACCCACCCCGCUACCUGGUGAUAAAAGAGGACUGCAACCAACGGGAAUCAGCUGCAGAGGAUGUUACCCAGCGAAGUGCAGACCUGGAUGACUUGGAUGAUCUUGUUGUUCAGAUGGAGGACUUCGGGGGAGAGGUGGACGGCAUGAGUCCAGCACCCCAGUCCCUUUCCAGGAGUCUCAGUCGCAGCGUCCAUAGAACUGAAACUCACAGAGUGGUUCUUAAUCCAAGUGGGGCUGGGUACCUCCCUAUGACUCCAAGUUUUGACAGCGCACUCCAGGCUAUGUGGCAGUCACGCUCAAGACUAAACUCCGCACGCACUAUGUCUGAGAGCUCGGAGGGCUGCGGCACGACGGUGGAGCUGGAGAUGAGUGAGGACUUUUCUCUGGCAGGGAGCCUGAAAAGAAGACGUCACCGAGAGGACAGCGCUUAUAUCUCCCAGAGGGACAGCAUAUCCGGUGGGCGACCAGAGACUCCCUCCCCUGAGAUGCAGGAAGAGGACCAGAAUGGAUAUGUACUUCCUGGAACAAGCCCAGAAAGAGAUCCUCUCUUGCACUCGUCUCGAGCCACAUCUGGUAGGAUGAGCAAGUCUCAUUCUGCAGGCCUCUUGGACAACCCAAAUGAUGAAGAAUAUGAGUACAUGAACAAGCAGAUGUGUGUAACACCGGUUUCGCUGAGGCACAACAACCAUCGCUCAAAGCCGAACAAGAAACGAACCUCCUCUGUUUCUUCACAACUGACAGCAUGGUCGUGUGAAACUACACAAUCUGCAGAUAUCAGAGGAGGACCUGCAAGGAUCAAGGACAACUCAGAUUCAGAGCAGCAGGCCUACAGUGAAGCUGAAUAUGAAUACAUGGACAUCAGAGGCAGCGAAAAUGAAGAAAGCCCUCCAGAACAUGACCCUCCUCCACCUCCGACAUCAGCAGGGAUGAGAGAAGAGGUGGAUGAGGAGGAGGAGGAGGAGGAUGAGGAGGAGGAGGAGGAGGAGGAGAAUGUAUAUGUGGAGGACAGUAACUAUCAUUACACAAACAGACAGCCAAAGCUACGACAAGCUCUUCAAGACAGGAAGGAGCUCAAGACUCCUGGGAAUGACAGGGGUGAGGCGUACGAAUAUGAGGACAUGGACUACUUUGCCGCUCCGCCUCCUGCAGAUGCAGCAGUGUACCAGAACCUCCAGAGGGAGGGAGAGGGAGCGGUGUGUAGCACAGAGACGCAUCCAUCUGCUUUUGACGCACGUGUGACAGUGCGAGCUGGAGUUGGGAGACCCGGUGCUGGUGACAGAUCUUUUGACAAUCCAGGUUACUGGCACAGCAAAAUGUUCCUGAAGUCUAAUGCGGUGCCCACAUGAAGAACCUUUUAAAUCUCACCUCUUGGACAUAUUCAUGAAGGACUUGAAUGAGGAAGCAAUCAAAAGCCUUGUACAGUUGUAUAUGAUGUAAAUCAAAGAGACAGAAAGGAAACAGUGAUUGAAAUCGCAUUUAGGGCUGUGACCAAGGGCUGUGAUCAAUUAGUCAACGAUAACUUUUCUCAUGCCGUCCACGUCUUGUCACAGUGUGUAUCACGGUCUGCCCUUGACUUUUUCCCUAUCUGAAAAAUGUUGACAUUCUUAAGGAAGUUGUCUGGCUUCUUUUUUUUUUUACUUUUCACACUAAUUAUCAGUUUUUCUUCCCAUUUCUGUGCCAUUCAUAUCGUCCUCUUCUUCAGUAGGCUACAUGCAGUUAUUGUGGCAGACAAUGAAGCUAUAUUUCCCCCUGUACUUCUUGCAGUGCAUUGCCAUUACCAGUUAACGUGACACUUAGCUGGAAAGACACUUGUCUGGGAUACUAAUGUGGUAUUACAUGAUUUGUUACUGGUAAAAAUUCUGCAUUCAUUAAUUUUCAUACUUGAUUUAAAUAUUUCUGUUGAAUAAUGUAUAGCCCUAUUGCAUAUUUGUCUUUUUUUAUGUAAGUCAAUGGACUUCCAGGUGAUUUUUUAUUUUUUUUUUUUCUUGUAAGUCCUUAUAGAGAGGAACCUCAAUAUAAUAAGAAACAUUUUCUUAACUUUGGCCUUACAUCACCAAGGGCCCUGCACUAGCUGACUGGAAAAGAGGGAGGCAAGUAUGGCAUGAUGUUUCCCACUUCCUUCACCACCUGUAACGGCAGAAACAUGAUAGGUUCAACAUGGAAGACUUUCCAUGUUUCAAGACCAUGCUUGUUUACCUCUUUACCAUAGGAAGGAAAACUUUUAUGUAUGCUAUUUUGUGAUGAGCCACAGAAAAUAUAUGAAAACAGCUUUAUUGUUUUGACGAAACUGUUAGUUUAAGAAAUGUUCUCAUCAGCAUAAGCUAGAGAGUUCCCCUCCCCAUGUUAGCAGGAUUGGAUUUUAAAUACUGUUUCACAGGCUGAUAUUACACCUUUUAUUCAGCCUUUCAGGAUUCGGGGUAUUUCAUGUAAUUAAUAGCACUGAGUGUUGGAAACUCUAAGAGAAACACAGAUUACAAGCUAUAUUUUCAUGUUUACAUUUAUAAUGAUUUUUUUGUAACAAAAACAUUUUUGGACAUUACAGACAUCUUUUCAUGGUUAUGUAUGAAACAGAUUUUCUACUAAAUAAAAAUAUUUUCAAUAGCUA